GGAAUGGUUUAUUAUUUUACUUCGAAUGUUGUUGAUCCCCCAGCUGUUUUAUAUAUGGGAGAUGACAAAGAGGAGAAUGAAUUGCUAAUUAAAUAUGGCUGGCCAGAGGAUGUUUGGUUUCACGUUGAUAAACUUUCUUCUGCCCACGUUUACCUUCGACUGCAAACUGGGCAACAAAUUAGUGACAUUUCUGAGGAUUUAAUUGAAGAUUGUUGUCAAUUAGUUAAAGCUAAUUCUAUUGAGGGCUGUAAAUUAUCCGAAACGGAUGUAGUCUACACAAUGUGGAGUAAUUUAAAAAAGACUGGAGAUAUGGUUACUGGACAAGUUGGCUUUCACAAAAAUAAGGAUGUUAAAAAGGUUCGGGUACAGAAACAAAGGGAAAUCAUUAAUAGACUGAACAAAACUAAAACUCACGCAACUGGUGUUGAUUUUCGACAAUUAAGAGAGCAAAGGGAUAUGGAAGAGCGUCAGAAAGUGAAAGAAAAACAGAAACAAUUCCUUAAUGAAGAAAAAGCUAAACGAGAAGCUAUUGAACGAGAAUCAAAAAAUAUGAGUUAUGACCGUGUCUUUACCCCUGAACAAAUGUCAACAACAAACAAAAAUACAGAAGGAAGAGAUCUUGAAGAAGAUUUUAUGUGA